UUUUCAUUCCAUAAGAACACGAUGCCUCCAUCGUUUUUCUCCAGUCUUGUUCUAUUUCUCUGCACAAACAAUCUAACGCAAAUUUUCGAUAAUCGAAAUCGGAUUUCUCUUUCAUAGCAAAGGGUUUCUUUCGAAUCAAGUCUGAGACUAUUACUGCAAGGGCGCAUUUCUGUUCUUUCUGAUCGAAGCAGAGUUUCUGUUCUUUGAAUAAUAAGAUUUUUUUGGUGGAUAUGAAUCCUGAUAAAUUCACCCACAAGACUAAUGAGGCACUAGCCGGAGCUCAUGAAUUGGCAUUGAAUUCCGGCCAUGCUCAAUUGACACCGCUUCAUUUGGCGGUUGCUUUGAUAUCUGAUCCGAGUGGGAUUUUGAGCCAAGCGAUUGCUAGUUCCGGCGGUGACAAUGCCCAUAAAGAAGUGGAGACGGUUUUCAAGCGGGCAUUGAAGAAGCUCCCAUCUCAAUCCCCUGCACCCGAUGAAGUCCCGGCAAGUACGACUCUGAUUAAGGUGAUUCGAAGAGCACAAGCUGCGCAAAAAUCGCGAGGGGACACACAUUUAGCCGUCGAUCAAUUGGUUCUUGGCCUUCUUGAGGAUUCCCAGAUUGUGGAUUUGCUUAAAGAAGCUGGUGUCACCACCGCGAAAGUUAAAUCUGAGGUCGAGAAACUCCGUGGGAAAGAAGGGAGGAAAGUGGAGAGUGCAUCUGGCGACACAACUUUUCAGGCACUCAAAACUUACGGGCGAGACCUGGUAGAACAAGCUGGGAAACUCGACCCAGUUAUCGGCCGUGACGAGGAAAUUCGUAGAGUGGUGAGGAUUUUAUCAAGAAGAACUAAGAACAACCCAGUUCUUAUUGGGGAGCCUGGUGUUGGUAAAACUGCAGUGGUUGAAGGAUUAGCCCAGAGAAUUGUAAGAGGAGACGUCCCAAGUAAUCUUGCUGAUGUGAGGCUCAUAGCUUUGGAUAUGGGUGCUCUAGUUGCAGGGGCUAAGUACAGGGGAGAGUUUGAAGAGAGAUUGAAGGCAGUAUUGAAGGAAGUUGAAGAUGCAGAAGGGAAAGUCAUAUUGUUUAUAGAUGAGAUUCAUCUUGUUCUUGGUGCUGGAAGAACAGAGGGAUCUAUGGAUGCUGCCAAUCUUUUCAAGCCAAUGCUGGCUAGGGGGCAGCUACGUUGCAUUGGGGCAACUACUCUUGAAGAGUACAGGAAGUAUGUAGAGAAGGAUGCAGCAUUUGAGAGGAGAUUUCAACAAGUUUAUGUGGCUGAACCGAGUGUUCCCGACACUAUCAGCAUUCUUCGAGGAUUGAAAGAGAGAUAUGAAGGUCACCAUGGUGUUAGGAUACAAGAUCGAGCUCUCGUCGUUGCAGCGCAGCUCUCGAGUCGAUAUAUCACUGGGCGACACCUUCCUGAUAAGGCAAUUGAUUUAGUUGAUGAAGCUUGUGCAAAUGUGAGGGUCCAGCUUGAUAGUCAGCCUGAAGAAAUUGACAAUCUGGAGAGGAAGCGAAUGCAGCUUGAAGUUGAACUUCAUGCUCUUGAAAAGGAGAAGGAUAAAGCUAGUAAAGCUCGUCUUGUUGAAGUGAGGAGAGAGCUUGAUGAUUUGAGGGAUAAGCUUCAACCUUUGUUGAUGAAAUAUCGCAAGGAGAAAGAAAGGAUUGAUGAGAUUAGAAGACUUAAACAAAGGAGAGAGGAACUACAAAUAGCCUUGCAAGAGGCUGAAAGGAGAUAUGAUUUGGCAAGAGCUGCUGAUUUGCGAUAUGGAGCAAUCCAAGAAGUAGAAUCUGCAAUAGCACGGAUUGAAGGGAACACUGAUGAGAACCUAAUGUUAACCGAAACUGUUGGUCCGGAACAAGUAGCAGAAGUUGUGAGCCGCUGGACUGGAAUACCUGUCACGAGGCUUGGCCAGAAUGAUAAAGAGAGGCUGGUUGGGCUUGCUGAUAGAUUGCACAAGAGAGUUGUGGGGCAGAAUCAAGCUGUGGAUGCUGUUGCCGAAGCUGUUUUACGAUCAAGAGCUGGAUUAGGAAGACCUCAACAGCCAACUGGAUCUUUCUUGUUUCUGGGUCCAACUGGUGUCGGCAAAACUGAGCUUGCAAAGGCACUCGCAGAGCAACUUUUCGAUGAUGAAAACCUUCUGGUGAGGAUUGACAUGUCUGAAUAUAUGGAACAACACUCAGUUUCACGCCUCAUUGGUGCUCCUCCUGGGUAUGUUGGACAUGAGGAAGGAGGCCAACUCACAGAGGCAGUAAGGCGGAGGCCUUACAGUGUUGUUCUGUUUGAUGAAGUGGAGAAAGCUCACAUCUCUGUCUUCAACACUCUUCUCCAAGUUUUAGAUGAUGGAAGAUUGACCGAUGGUCAAGGCCGCACUGUAGAUUUCAGAAACACAGUCAUUAUCAUGACUUCUAAUCUUGGAGCUGAACAUCUCCUUUCUGGACUGAUGGGCAAGUGCACAAUGCAAGUUGCUCGUGAUCGAGUCAUGCAAGAGGUGCGGAAACACUUUAGGCCAGAGCUGCUAAAUCGUCUGGACGAAAUUGUUGUAUUUGAUCCGCUCUCACAUGACCAGCUGAGGAAAGUUGCUAGGCUGCAAAUGAAAGAUGUUGCAGGUCGCCUGGCUGAGAGAGGCGUUGCCUUGGCCGUGACUGAUGCAGCUCUUGAUUAUGUCUUAGCAGAGAGCUACGAUCCAGUCUAUGGCGCAAGACCCAUAAGAAGAUGGCUCGAGAAGAGGGUGGUGACGGAGCUGUCCAGAAUGUUGAUCAAAGAAGAAAUCGAUGAAAAUUCCACUGUGUACAUUGAUGCAGCGGCUGAUGGGAAUAGCUUGGCGUACAGAGUGGAGAAGAACGGUGGUUUUGUUGAUGCAGCGACUGGUAAAAAGUCUGAUGUUUUGAUUCAAAUCAACAAUGUCCCAAGAAGUGAUGCUGCUCAGACCGUGAAGAAGAUGAAGAUUGAAGAAAUCGAUGAAGAUGAAAUGGAAGAGUGAAAGGGUCAUAAAAUUUUCUAGGAUUUGUUUAUUUUGUGAGUUUGAUAACUUCUUCGUGAAUGGUUUGUCAUCUAAAUCUGUGUUUUCUGUGUUUCGAUAGACUAACAAAUGUACUUAAUGUCUGGAAAGUUGUUCAAGUAAAUAAGAAGGUUAAUCUUUUUCUUCUUUUAU